AUGUAUAAUUCAUCGGUACGGAUCACCAAACAAUACGCACAUUGUAAGGUACUGGCUGACACUGAGGAUCGGGAGUUGCGACGACCACGAUGGUGGUCCGGUGGUGUGGCAUCCACUUGCGUAGCUUGCGUAGUGGCGCCUUUCGAUUUAGUCAAGACGCAUAUGCAAACACAGACGACAAAGAAGGGAAUGGUACAAACAGCCAUAAAAGUCAUUAAAAUAAGAGGGUAUUUAGGCUUCUAUGAUGGCUUCUCUGCGGCUGCCAUUCGUCAAAUGACAUGCACUAGCCUGCGUUUUUCUCUGUAUGAGUGCGGCAAGGACCUCGAAAUAUUUAGCUCUUCUAAUAGUUUAAUAAGCAAAAUUGUAUUGGCCAGUAUUUCGGGCUCUAUCGGAUCACUUGUUGGUAUACCAUUGGAUGUGAUUAAUAUUCGCAUGCAAACCAAUAUGCAAGUUGCCGAUCAUGGAAAGCGCAACUACAAACAUUUUAUCGAUGCGCUAAUACGCAUUCCCAAGGAGGAAGGCUGGAUGGCCUUAUACAAUGGUGGCUUCGCUGCGGUUCUCAAAUCAGCCAUUGGGACAACCGGUCAGCUUGCGGUUUACGAUCAUGUCAAAAGUGAGCUUCACACUCGAUUUAUGAUGGAUGACGAUGUGUAUUUGCAUUUAAAGAGUUCAUUUAUCUCAUCAAUUAUCGAUGCGAUUAUAACGCAGCCAUUUGAUGUUCUCAAGACUUUAAUGAUGAAUGCACCUCCCGGUCAGUUUCCCACGGUUGUUCAUGCCAUAAAGUAUAUGAUGCGUUUUGACUUCUGGGGCCCUUAUCGGGGUUUGGCUCCGACAAUCGUGCGCAAGGCACCAGCUACGAUAUUAUUGUUUUUGAUAUACGAACAGUUGCGCAUUAACUUAGGUUAUUUACCGUUGGAGAGUCAAUAAAAUAAAUUCGUAGUAGUACACCCAAUGUAA